UAAGUGUGAGCUAAUUAGUUAAUCAGUUAAUUAAUAGUACCUGCCAAAACAAAAUGGAAAAAAAUAGCCAUCUCCCUAUACUCUUCCUCCUCCUCUUCAUCUCCAUCAAAGUCAUUCCGGCCGCCGCCGCCGCCGCUCGGCCAAGCGCCAUAUACGCAUUCGGCGACGCCCUUCUCGACCCGGGCAACAACAACAACCUCCCCACCGUCUGCCGCGCCAAUCACAAACCCUAUGGACUCGACUUCCCGGGCCGAAGCCCCACGGGAAGGUUCACCAACGGGAAGCUCCCCGGGGACAUGCUCGUCUCCGCUUUCCGCAUCAAGGACGUAUUGCCGGCCUACGCCGACUCAACCGUCGACGUCUACGGCCUCCUCACCGGCGUCAGCUUUGCGUCCGCGUGCUCGGGCUACCACGACCUGACGGCCGCGGAGGUCGGCGUCCUCAACUUGGACAAACAGUUCAAAAACUUCGAAAAGGCGUUUGUGAAAAUGGAAGAGAGAUUUGGGAUUCAAAGGGCAACGGCAACAAUAGGGAAUGCAUUGUUUAUAAUAUCAGCAGGGUCAAGUGACAUGCUUGAUAAUUACUAUUUGUUGCCAACCACUAGGGCUAAGUAUUCCCUACCUGCCUACCAUGACAUGUUGCUCAAAAACCUAGACACUUUAGUAAAAAAAUUGUACAAGGCCGGUGCCAAAUAUGUAGCUAUCAUUGGACUUCCGCCGCUAGGGUGUCUACCGGUGGACACCACCUUCUUUAAGAAUAAUGCAAAUUUGACCGGUGACUUUUUAAGGCGGGAGUGCAAAGUGAAGCACAACAAGGACGCAAAGGAAUACAACGCGAAGCUACAAGUUCGAGUGAGGAGGAUGAUGGUAGCAAUGCCGACGCUCAAGGCUGUUUAUAUGGAUAUCUUCAACCCUAUGAUGGAGAUGAUUGAUAAGCCUAAUCAAUUUGGGUUCAAGUCUACAAAAGAGGGAUGUUGUGGAAGUGGUUCGGUGGAGUUGGGGCCACUUUGCAAUGUAGCCUCAGUCGCAUGUAAUGUUCAUUCGGAGUAUGUGUUUUGGGAUUCAAUUAAUCCAUCAGAAGCUGCUUACAAAGCUCUUACAAACAAUUUCAGAGCCAGACCACUUCGUCGUUUAUUCCCUAGUUCUGUUUGAGGAUUAAAAAAUUGAUGGCUAGCUACGAGAUAAUAAUAAUCAUUCUUAGUUUGUCUAUUUGUUUUAUACUGUUUAUCUUCGGGAAUGAUUUCAUCUUCCCAAUGUCAUAAUUGGUAUAACAUCCUCAUAUAUUCGUCUU